CCUCUUCAAGAUCAGUUGCUGCUUCUGUUGUAAAAGUAAUCCCUCAUAUACCCAGUGACCCUCGAGAGCGACUAGACGACAUGUUUGAAAAUGCUUUGGUAAACGAACGCGUUGUUUCAUACACAUGCAAUAUUGAUAACUGA